AUGGAGGAGGCAGUAGAUCAGAGAGAUCAAGCAGUUGAUGAAUUGCAUACAAUUCCAGUCAGUGAAGAUGUUGUUGUUGAUUCAUCAAGUUCAGAUCCAAAAGAGUUAGACAUUGAUGGUUCUUCUUCAAUUCCAGUUGAUGAAGAUUUGGUUGGUGUUGUUGCUGGUUUUAAGGUUAAGGCAAAUGCUGGUGUUAGGGCAUAUUCAAAAAUUGACAUAAGGACAGGGUGUGGUGCAUGUUUUCAGUUUGACGUGGGUGAGGAUGGGUUGUGCACGGUUACAAAACACGUAAAAGUGCACAACCACGAGUUAUGUGCGGUAGACAAGAGUCAUCUUCUCCGUUCACAUAGAAAUGUGGGUGAUAAUCAGCUGUUAUAUUUAAAAGAUUUGAAGAAAAGUGGUGUUGCAAUGGCAGAUGGUAUUAGGUUUUUGAAACAUCAAGCAGGGGGGUCUCCAUUAAUUGGUUUCACUAAUCGAGAUGCUUAUAAUUCGAAUGCUUCUGAUACAUCAAAGUGUUUGGAUGGAACAGAUUCAAACUCAUUAAUUGAAAUAUUUAGGAAGAGGCAGUCGACUGAGUCUGAUUUUUUCUUCGAUUUUGAAGUUGAUUGCGAUUCAAGACUGUGCAGUUUUUUUUGGAGGGAUGGUCGGAUGAGACAAGACUAUGAGUUGUUUGGGGAUUUGAUAGAAUCAUUUGUGUGGUUGUUUAGAGCAUUUUUAAGAUCUAUGAAUGGGAAGUGUCCGCAGUCCCAUGGCUGCUGCUAUUUGUCAGGUGUUUCCAACAUCACGUCAUCGUCUUUGCAUAUGACAUAUUGGCUGGUGACUGACUAUAAGUGUCACAAGAAUAGUUGGAUACAAAAGAUGUAUGACUAUAGGGAGAAGUGGUGUCCAGCAUUCAACAAGGAUUAUUUUUCAGGGGGCAUUUUAUCGUCGCAAAGGAGUGAAACUACUAAUCAUUCGAUUUCAAGAAGGCUGUCUAAGACUGCGGGUCUUUGUGAUUUUUAUUCAUCAUUUGUUAGUGUAAUUUUUGAAUGGAGAAGCAAAGAGAAUGGUGAAGAUUUUCGUUGUGCUCAAGGGGUACCCACUAUGAUGAUGAAGCACGUAAAACUUCUUUUACACGCUAGAGAUGUAUAUACGAUUGAGAUAUAUUUUUUGUUUGAGGAACAAUUUAUGAAAGGCAAUGCUUGUCAUCAAGAAAUGGUGUUGAAUGAUGGCUGUCAGUUCAAGUGGACUAAAAAGGUUGCUGAUGGUAGGGAUGUGAAUACUAGUCCAAUGUUUUAUAGAGCUGGUGUCUCUCCUUCAAUUUGGGCUGUGGAGAUUUGUAGAAAAUUUCAAAGAUUGAUUGUAUCUAGUCAAGAUAACAGUGUAACUAGGCAGUUCUGCGAUGAAGCAGUUGAGGAUGCAAAGAAAAAGGUUGAAGUUGAGAUUGGCUAUGUGCAUAUUGAAGAGUGUGGUGUUUCAUCUUCAAGUGGUGUCAUUCAAAAUCCUUCAAACCGGAGAUCAAAAGGUGAGCGUAAUGUAAGGAGGAGUAGUGUUAUUGAAAAGAAGUACAGUGUUGCAAGGGGGAGGAGGAGUGUUGCAAAUAAAGUUGCUUCGAGUACAAAGGGUGUUGUUCAGUCGUUGGUUUUGGAAAUUAUAUCUGAGAUUGCCGGGGAUGGGUACCUUGUACAUCCAAGUUCUGGGAGUUCGGAGUUUUGUCAGUUUAGUAAUGAUUUAGAUGAUAAUGCAGUUGUAGAUUGGGAUUGGGGUUAA